AUGGACCCUACCAGUGUUGCUUCCGAUGUUGCUGCCCAUGUUGCUGCCAAUGUUGCUGCCAUGCCAGUCUCUAUCCUCGAUGUCUUCUUCCCUGGCUUCACCAGUAUCCUUUCCAUGGCGCAUGGACUGUCGGCGGGGAAGCUGAACAGCAAUGUCCGCUUGCUUCUCUUCGGUGGCUUUCUCAUCUUUCUAGCGAAAUAUAUCUAUGGAUAUAUCAACGACCUGGUGAACAGCCACUUCACGUCCACAAUCAAUGUUUCGUAUUAUAACGAAGCAUUCGAUAUGCUCAUUAAUUGGAUAUCUGAACAACCAUUCGCUCAGAAUACUCGAACGACUUUGGUCAGUGUUGGUGCGAAGCACCGACGAGGAUUAUUCGAUAAUGCCAACGGAGAUAAGAAGUCCUUAUCGUUCACACCGUGGAAUACGUCGAUUAUCUUCAUGUACAAGGGCCAUCUCAUCCGGUUCCGCCGUGCCCCGAAGGAUGGCCGCUCAGGCGAAGAAGAAAUUGUCGUCUCCUGUUAUGGUCGAUCUCCAAGGAUCGUGAAGGAGCUCUUCGAGGAGUGCCGAACCGAAUAUCUCAAGCAAAUUGAAAAGAAGACCACAGUGUUUGACCAUCAGGGAGGAGAAUGGAGAAAAACCAUGUCGAGAGAAAUCCGCCCUUUAUCAACCAUCCUCAUGGACGAGAAAAAAAAGCAAAAAGUGUUGAACGAUGUGGAGAGCUUUUUGGACCCAGCAGCCCGAGGCUGGUAUGCGCGGCGAGGCAUACCCUACCGCAGAGGGUUUCUCUUGUAUGGACCCCCCGGGACUGGGAAAUCUAGCUUUAGUUUAUCCAUUGCGGGACAGUUUGACUUGGAUAUAUAUAUUCUCAACCUUUCUGCUGUUGAUGAUAGUGGCCUGAGCAGUCUAUUCUCUGAACUCCCGUCCCGUUGUGUUGUGCUGCUAGAGGAUGUUGAUGCUGCUGGCACAACGCGAACCGAACAAACCGCCGAAAAAACCACCGAUCAGGUAGCCGCUACAUCUAAAGGACUGACACUCUCCGGUUUAUUGAAUGCAAUAGACGGCGUCUCUUCGCAAGAAGGCCGGGUGUUGAUAAUGACUACCAAUCACAUUGAACACCUGGAUGCGGCACUGAUCCGACCUGGGCGUGUGGACAGAAAAGUUUUGUUCCAACUUACUGAUAAGGACAUGAACGCUAGGCUCUUCUGCAUCAUAUUCAAACAGUCAGCGGAAGAUCAGCACUCGCCGAAAGGAGAUAUUGAUGAAGAAACUGUUGGACAACUUGCAAUUGAGUUUGCCGGAAAGAUACCGGAACGUGUAUUCAGUCCGGCAGAAGUUCUAUCUUAUCUCCUGGAGAACAAGUUGUCGCCUACCAAGGCUGUCGCCAAUGUGGAGAGAUGGGUGAAAGACAAUGAGAAUGAAGACGGUGAAAGUCUGAGAAGAGAGUUGUCGUGGGCGAGCCGCCCGAUGCAUACCCAACAACCAGUGAAUCCUCGCAAACGACAACAUUCAGAUCAACACUCCCUCGCGGCAUCACCCAAACGGGCUGACAAGAAGCUGAAAGUCGACCAUCCCAGCGGCUCUCAACCCCCGGCAGCGUUUUGGGAUAAUUUAUCGGAAGUCUGGUUGACUCAUAACGCACUGCGGGAGUUCGAUCUGAGGAACAAACAAACCACGACAAACGGUUUCGAACAAUCCCAACCAUUGCGGCCUGUUACCCGCAGCAUCCUGCGAAACAUUCAAGAAGUUGCCAAGGAGGGUGGCCUGGAUUUAUCAGAAUUGAGAGGUUAUCCCGAGCCUGAAAUGAAUUCCCGCCGAUCGAAAUACCGAGUCCAGAAGCAGAGUCUAAGCGCCUCUAGAAGUGCUUCGCGAGGUUCGAGUGCUUCGCGGAGCACCAAACCGUCGACUACCAAAAGCAGUGGACCGUAUGACCGUGACUUCCAGCAACAUCUCAUUGACCACGGUAUCUAUCCUCACGCAUACGAAUAUCCCGAUGGGCGGAUACCACCGAAACCUACGAACUGGAGUGAUAUCAAAGAACGACUAGCGCGUCAACGAUCCUCGCUUUCUCCUUCAAAAUUCACCGACGAAAUGCACGAAAAAUUUGUUCGCGCUGAUGCUCAUGCUUUUAAAGAAAAGCAAAUUACAGAAUCGGUGAUCUCGGUGAUCGAGGGUGACAAUGGAGACGCUCGAUGCGUUGCAGGCGGAAUCCCAUUUCGAAACCUCGACCAUCUCACAGACGGGACAUUAGUUCCAGGAAAUCCUGAUCGUUAUUAUGGGGCACGCCCUGAGCAACUUGACCGCCGAAUACGAAGUGAGCUUGAUGAUCAAAUAGUUCCAUCCACGCAACACGAUCUCCCAGUCGCACCAAAUUUCUUCCUGGCAGCGAAAGGCCCCGAUGGUUCAGCAUCGGUAGCCAGAAGGCAAGCAAGUUAUGACGGUGCGUUAGGAGCAAGGGGAAUGCGUUCGCUUCAGGAGUAUGGCAAGGAUGAACCAGGAUUUGACAAUAAUGCUUAUACCCUUACGUCGAUCUAUCACAAUGGUCAGCUCCAAAUGUUCACCAGUCAUCCUUCGAAAUCGGCUACCUUAGAUCGGCCAGAGUACCUUAUGACUCAGCUCAAUACUUGGGGAAUGACUGGUAAUAUUGAGACUUUCCGAGAAGGUGCAACCUGGUAUCGGAAUGGCAGAGACUGGGCAAAGGAACAACGAGAUGAAGCGAUCAAAAGAGCAAACGAACGAGCUACCAACAGCCCAGGUGUAUCUUCGACUCUUAAUACGAGCUUCGGUACGGUAUGUGAGAUAUCGAGCAAUGAUUCAGCGGCAUCUAUUACUGAGCAAUCAUACUUCUCAUUUAAUGCAACUGACACUCCCGAAGAGUCGUUACGAUCAGACUCUCCCAAACGAUCCCAGAGGAAGCAUAAUGACUGA